AUGAAUAAAGAUAAGAACCUUAUACCUAAAAAAGAUGAACAGUCUCAAUUUGACGAACAUAUGCAUAUCGAUGAUUAUAUUAAGAUAUUAUUAAAUGUGGCAUAUACACAUAGUUCUAGUAAAUCGAGUUAUUCUAGUCCGGAAACUUCGGUAGAAUCUUUAGAUAAAAUGUCAGGUGUUAUUACUGUUCAAAAAUCUAAAGAAUCCCUUCAUUCUAAUCCGAAAAAUUCUAAAGAUUCUUCAACUAAGUCAUUUAAAAUGUAUUUCUUAAGGCAUAAGUUAGAAAAUGCGGACGAAUUGAAAUCACAAGGAAAAAUUUAUUAUAUGUCAGGAAAUUAUAAAGAGUCUCUUGAAUAUCUAAGUCACGACGAGGAGCUACAAGCUGAUAUAGAUAAAUUGUUGCAACUAGAACAUAAAAAAAAGUAUGAAGAUUCUCUCAAAAACAUGAAAAGUUCAUUGGGCAUUGAUAAUGUGACAAAAUUUGAAAAUUCUACUUGA